GUGGAUUUGGCCAGCGGAAGAGGGCGUGGAUUGGCCAAUCUGAGGGCAGUGCAUAAAAUGACCUCUGGAACUGCUCAUCACAGCAUGUCCACUGGGGGAAGAGAGAGAUCUAGACAGAAAAUCCUGACUGGAUUAGCUACAGUGCUGGUCAAGACUCCAGUUCCUUCGCCCAUCUGAGCUCCACAGGAGGGUCUCUUACUCGUCCACCCUGCCCCCAUUUGCCAUGUCACUGAUGGGAAUCCUGGGCACCAUCUCGGCUGCAGAAGCCCUCAUCGCCAUUGCUGUUUUCUGCCUGAUCUCCAUCGCUAUCAAAUCCCUCCGGACGCCGGUGCCACAGGGCCUAAAGAGUCUCCCAGGGCCAUGGGGCUACCCAUUCAUUGGCAACAUGUUGGAUCUGGGGCAGAACCCCCACUUGAGUCUGACACAAAUGAGCCAGAAGUACGGAGAUGUGAUGAAGAUCCAUAUUGGCAUGAGACCGGUGGUAGUGCUAAGUGGCCUCGAGACCAUCAAGCAGGCCUUGGUGAGGCAAGGAGGAGACUUCAUGGGCCGUCCUGACCUGUUCAGCUCCCGCUUCGUGUCCGGAGGCAACAGCCUGGUUUUCAGCACAGACUCUGGGGAGGUGUGGCAGAUGCGUCGGAAACUGGCCCAGAGUGCCCUCAAAAGCUUCGCUGCUUCCCCCAGCCCUGACUCCUCCUCCACCUGCCUAUUGGAAGAGCACGUCUCCAAAGAGGCCACCUACCUGGUGAUGAAACUGCAGCAGGUGAUGCUGGAGAAGAAGAGCCUCGACCCUUACCGGUACCUGGUGGUCUCUGUGGCCAACGUCAUCAGUGCCAUUUGCUUUGGCAAGCGCUACAGACAUGAAGAUGAGGAGCUGCUCAGCAUAGUGAAUGUGAGCGAGGACUUUGUGGAGUUUGCAUCCUCUGGCAACCCGGCUGACUACAUCCCUGCCCUCCAGUACCUCCCGAGCAACAACAUACAGAAGUUUAAGGCCAUCAACCAACGCUUCACUACCUUCCUGCAGAAGAUCGUCCAAGAGCACUAUGAGAGCUUCAGCAAAGACAGCAUCCGGGACAUCACAGACUCCCUCAUCGACCAAAGCCAAGAAAAGGCAACGCUACAACUCUCAUCUGAAAAAGUAGUGAACCUCGUCAAUGACCUAUUUGGGGCAGGGUUUGACACAGUGACCACAGCCUUGUCCUGGUGCCUCAUGUAUCUUGUUGUCUAUCCAGAAAUCCAAAAGAAGAUUCAGGAAGAAAUAGAUGAGAGCAUUGGCCGAGAGCGCAAGCCCCGGCUGUCGGACCGUCCCCUGAUGCCUUACACCGAAGCCUUCAUCCUGGAGGUGUUCAGGCACUCCUCCUUCCUGCCCUUCACAAUCCCUCACUGUACAACCAAAGACACCGUUUUGAAUGGCUACUACAUCCCAAGGGACCUCUGUGUCUUUGUCAACCAGUGGCAAGUCAACCAUGAUGAAACCCUUUGGGAAUCCCCUUCCUCCUUUAAGCCAGAGCGAUUCCUGACUGCCAACGGGACUGUCAACCGGGAUGAGAGCGAGAAGGUCCUGGCCUUUGGCCUGGGGAAGAGGAGGUGCAUUGGAGAGCCUCUUGCCCGGUGGCAGGUCUUCCUCUUCUUGGCCACUUUGCUCCAGCAACUGCAGUUCAGUAUCCCGGAUGGGGUGAAGGUGGACAUGACCCCUCGCUAUGGCCUCUCCAUGAAGUACAAGCGAUGCGAGCACUUCCAAGUAAAACAGCGCUUCCCACAGAGUAGCCAUGAGUGAGCGGCAAAGACACAGCUCCGUGCAAGGGGUGGGGAGGGACACAUCUGUCUAUGUGUGCAUUAGGGCAGUUCAUAAAAAACUUUUUUCUGAAAAUGCCUGCUCCAAAUAUCUUAUCGCACUACACUAGGGAUUAUAUAUCUACAUCUGAAAUUUUAUGCAUAUCAGUCAAUAUCUUGACCCUCCUCCAUGAAUAUAGCUGUUUACUUGGCCGUUUUCCUAUGUCGUGAAGGCUGAAAUUUCAA